GACAUGGUGGCCACCUGCUUGCACCUGGCUGGAUUUGUCUGCAGCUUUAUUGGGUGGAUCGGGGUGGUUGUCGCAACGGCCACCAACGACUGGGUGGUGACGUGCGGCUACACCAUUACCACCUGCAGGAAGAUGGACGAGCUGGGAUCCAAAGGGCUCUGGGCGGACUGCGUCAUGGCCACGGGCCUCUACCACUGCAAGCCCCUCGUGGACAUCCUCAUAUUGCCAGGGUACGUCCAGGCGUGUCGAGCGCUGAUGAUCGCCGCCUCGGUUCUGGGUCUUCCAGCCAUCUUCUUGCUAAUAACGGUCUUGCCCUGCAUCCGGAUGGGCCACGAGCCUGGAGCCGCCAAGUACCGGCGUUCCCAGCUGGGAGGAAUCCUCAUCAUCCUGCUGGCAAUGUGCGGCGUCGUGGCGACCAUCUGGUUCCCCGUGUGCGCCCACCGUGAGACCACCAUCAUGAGCUUCGGCUACUCGCUCUACACGGGCUGGAUCGGCUCUGCCCUCUGCCUCUUCGGUGGCUGCGUCAUCGUUUGCUGCUCAGGAGACGCCCAGACGUUUGGCGAAAACCGUUUCUACUACGCCUCGGGCUCCAGCUCUCCCACUCACGCCAAGAGCGCCCACGUGUAAGCGUCCUGGAGACUCCCCGCGGCUGCGGUCGGACGCUUUGGCUGGUGGGUUUGCUUGCGAUGACACGCACAGCUGUCAAGCUCCCAGGGGAAGAUUUAGAAAAGCAGCACAAAUGUCUGGUAGUUUAAAGCAUUAUUGUCCCCAUCUGUUGUCCCCUUUUCUAGAAGGAAACCUCUUGCAAACCCAACCUGUCGGUACUUGCUAUUCCAUCCUGACCAGCUCCCUGUAGUUGGGGUGGCUUGCGUGCCGGGGGUGGCCAGGUGGGUCUUUAGGGGGGUUGUUUUCUAGCUCACCCGAUUACAGGAGAGUUUAAAGCAAUGAAACAGAAACGAGAGAGACACUUUCCCACUGUUAAAAGGGCUCUGGCAGCUUCUCCGAUCGUGUAACUAUUUGCUUUCCCGUGUCCAAGGUCACUGCUUUGGCAAGGUUUGGGUGAGAGGGUAGGGAGGAAGACUGUACUCUCCAACCAGGCAAAUGUUUCUCUUUUGGAAGAGUAGGGGAUUUGUUUUCCUUUCUCUGUAAAUACUUUUGUAUGAAUUUAUUCAUCUUAGUAACAGUGUCUCCCCCACUCCUAAAUUCAUCAGUAUGAAGGAAGCAGAACCCAAAGGUCCUAAUUAGAAGGUAAAUAACAGUGCCUUUGUAUAUAUUUUUAAAAGACUUAGGGGGCUCUAAUCCCCGCUGUUUUCUCUUUUUUCUUUGUACAGUUC